AGCCGGGCGGUAUAAAUUGCCGCUCCAGUGGCGGUCUUAUUGCAUUGAAGUUGGGCAAUGGGAAGUGAUCGCACGUUAAAAAAGCAAAAGAUGUCGGUAUUACAGGAACUCAAGAAAAUCACCACAAUUGUGGCUGACACCGGCGACUUUGAAGCCAUCAACAUCUACAAGCCCACGGAUGCCACGACCAAUCCAUCCCUCAUCUUGUCCGCCUCGUCCAUGGAGCGGUACCAGCCGCUGGUCCAAAAGGCGGUGGAGUACGCCAAGGGCAAGAAGGGCUCCGUGAGUGAGCAGGUGGCCGAGGCCAUGGACUACCUGUGCGUGCUGUUCGGAACGGAAAUCCUGAAGGUUGUGCCCGGUCGCGUUUCCACCGAGAUCGAUGCCCGCUUGUCCUUCGACACCAAGAAGAGCGUGGAGAAGGCCCUGAAGCUGAUCGCCCUGUACAAAUCCCUGGGCGUUGACAAGGAGCGCAUUCUGAUCAAGCUGGCCUCCACCUGGGAGGGCAUCAAGGCGGCCGAGAUCCUGGAGAACGAGCACGGCGUGCACUGCAACCUGACGCUCCUCUUCUCGUUCGCGCAGGCCGUUGCCUGCGCCGAGGCCGGCGUGACCCUCAUCUCGCCGUUCGUGGGCCGCAUCCUGGACUGGUACGUGGCCAACACGGAUACCAAGAAGUUCGAGGCGCUCAAGGACCCGGGCGUGAUCUCCGUGACCAACAUCUACAACUACUACAAGAAGUUCGGCUACAAGACCCUGGUCAUGGGCGCCUCCUUCCGUAACGUGGGCGAAAUCAAGGCCCUGGCUGGCUGCGAUCUGCUCACCAUCAGCCCAGCGCUGCUCAAGGAGCUGGAGAACGAGACCGAGUCGGUGGUCACCUACCUGUCCGUGAGCAACGCCAAGCUGCAGGACAUCGAGAAGAUCACCGUCGACGAGAGCCGGUUCCGCUGGCUGCUCAACGAGGACGCCAUGGCCACCGACAAACUGUCCGAGGGCAUCAGGAAGUUCGCCGUGGAUACUGUUAAGCUGGAGAAUUUGAUUAAGACCUAUCUUAAGUAGAUGUUCCUCUGGGUCCGCUAGCAGGUGGAGGAUGAAUACAUUCGUUUUUGAAAAGACAAUGAUUUUAUACUUUAAUAAAUACUACAAUUAAAAGA